UCCACGUCCUUUGUCGAAUGUUGUUGAAGAUCAGAUUCUGCAAAUCAUCCCAGCAUGUCCUUUAAUGAGCAGCAGUGCAAGCAGCCAUGCGUGCCCCCUCCAUGCCUCCAAAAGGCCCAAGAGCAGUGCCAGGCGAAGGCUGAGGAGCUGUGCCUCCCCACGUGCCAGGACCCCUGCCAGGAGAAGGGCCCGGUGCAAGCUCAGGAAGUAUGUCUUCCUCAGUGCCAGGAGCUAAGUCAAGAAAACUGUCCACAGCAAAGCCAAGAUCCAUGCCUACCUCAGUGCCAAGACCAAUGUCCACCUCAGUGCGUAGAGCCAUGCCAGGAGCCGUUCCAGACAAAAUGUGUGGAGGUUUUCCCACAGAAAGUCCAGGAGAAGUGCUCACCCCCUGGCAAGGGAAAGUAGCUGCUCAUGUGCCAUCUGGGGUCAAGAAGAUGGCCAAUAGAUGACACCUCAACCCCAGCCCACGCUCUGGUGACCUUCUUCUGCGGGUAGCUCUGUAUGCAAUGCGCCUUCUUGCCUCCUGGCUUCCUCAGUAUUCCAGACUUGGUCUGUAUCUCUAAAGACAGUUCUCCCUGUAUGUCACCAACCUCCGUGAGUAAGAGUUGUUCUCAGCAGUCUGAUGGAAGAUCUUAAAUGGAGGAAUGGUGUGAUUGCCAGGGGAGACCACAGGAGCCCAGCACAGCUGCCUUGGGACAAAAAUUCACCCAGCCCUGAGUGUGUAACAGCCAUGGAUGCCUUCAUUCACCUUUCAGAGUGUCAGGCUCUCAUUCAAGCCUCAAACAAACCGAAUUUUGAUGGACUUUCCACUUAUCACCACAAGUACCACCACUAGUAUUGAGAAGAGGUUGGUGGUGUUGCAAAAGUCAAAAAUUGAGUCAUUUCAUCUCUGCAUCCUAAAAAGAACAGCAAAUGAUUAGACAUUGAAAUGUUGGUUAUGCCUUUAAAAAGUGAACCAAAAUUAUGUAAAUGAUUGAAUCUAGACAACCAAUAAGGAAAGAUGAGAUGGAUGUUGGGGUCCUUGUUAAUCUUUGUGCUUCAUAGCUGGUCUGCUGUGGUCCCCUAGUUUUCACCAUGUAUACUCCUUAGAGACGUGAUCUGUGUCUGUGUGAUGCAGGCUGGUCUGUUCUCCAGCUUUCUUGCCUUCUUCUCCCUGGUGAAGAUAAAACACAUAAUAAAGCUGAUCCUAAGGUGAAUAUCUGA